GUCCGCCCGCGGAGGGGCCCGAGGCCGCCGGGGCCGCCGCGGACGGGGCGCCGGGGUGCGCGCCGCCGGCCCUGGACGCGCUGCGCGAGCUGCUCGGCACGGCCGAGGUCCCGAGGCCGUUCGCGUCCGCGGGCGAUUUGGCCACGCUGAGGCAGGCGGUGGACGCGGCGGAGGGCGGCGCACGCAGCGAGCUGGGGCAGCUGCGCGACGAGCUGCAGCGCGCGCUGAGGGGGAAGGCCGACGGCGUGGAGCUGCGCAGCCUGUCCGACAGGCUGGAGGAGGCGGUCGUCGACAUUCGCUGGAUCGCUCAGGCGUUGACCAACCAGAUGGAG